GUGCCUGCGGCUCACGGUGCGUGGGUCUGGCUGCCUGCAACUGCCUACGCCCUGCCAGAUCUUUUUCUGACACAGGCGCGCUAUAUAACUCGGUUGUUUCUCUGCAUCCAUCCGCGCUCGAGAUUAUGUGACCAUGGUCUCGACCGAACACGAGAACGCCGAGCACCACAAGAUGGAUAGUCCAGAUGUCCCUCCGUCGAGAAAGCGUUUCAUUCCGCUCGAAAAUAACCCAGACGUCAUGAACUCGCUGAUGUACAAGCUUGGCUUGUCCCAGGAUCUCAGCUUCCAGGAUGUGUGGAGCAUCGACGAACCCUCUCUUCUUGAAUUCGUCCCCCGCCCGGCGCACGCCCUCUUGCUGAUCUUUCCCGUUACCGAUACAUACGAGAAGUUCCGGAGAGAAGAGGAUCAAAACAGGCCAGAGUACGACGGCUCGGGCGAAAAUGAGCCUGUCGUCUGGUACAAACAGACCAUUGGCAACGCAUGUGGUCUUAUUGGCCUCCUCCAUGCGGUGAGCAAUGGGGUUGUCCGGUCGUUUAUCAAAAAGGAUUCAGAUCUGCACGACUUGCUGAAGAAGGCAAUCCCACUUAAGCCAUCUGAGCGCGCUGAUCUGCUUUACGAGUCUCAGGCUCUCGAGUCUGCACACAGAAGCGCUGCAACGAUCGGUGACACGGCAGCGCCAGCGGCAGACAACAACGUCGACCUGCAUUUUGUUUGUUUCGUCAAGACAGAGGACAACCACUUGUGGGAGAUGGAUGGUCGUAGAAAAGGCCCGCUUGACCGUGGUCAGCUACCCGAAGGAGAGGACGUCUUGGGGGAGAAGGCGUUGGAGCUAGGUGUUCGCGCAUUUUUGAGACGCGAGGCCGCUGCUGGAGGCGGCGAUCUGAGAUUCAGUCUAAUCGUUCUGGCUCAGAACUUAGACUGAACAUGAAAAGGAGGGUCGAACAAACGAAGAUUGCCUUUGUUGCCCCGCAGAGGCAUCGUUCCUCGGACAAAAGCUGAACGCAUGUUAAACCUGGCGUGGAUGACCUAGCGAGGCUGAGAAAACCCGAUCGGGAAAUGCUCCACGACGUAUAUAGUCCUAUUGACUUGUUAUUCUGUAGGUGCUCCGGUUUGGCUGCUAAGUGAUGCUUGUUCCCCGCUCGAAUCCGGCCGCGACGAAUGCCAAAUUCGUUAAAUACCACUGCCUUAUCCCGGGAUUCAACCUCCUAAUAGUAGAAUGGUAUACUCUGAUUUCUGGGUGCUUCCUCGCUUAAGCGGAUAGAGCUGGAAAGGAAAGCUUGGGGUCGGAGGGCAUUCCGGACGAAAGAUCGACAAAUGCAAGCUCGACGAUAUUUUCGUAAGCCAUGUGCAAAGUCCGGGCCCGAUACUGCAGUCCGCUCUCCCAUGGUCAAUUGCGCUCUGGUUCUCAGUUCUCUUAAGCGGACUUCUGUUUCGUUAGAAAGUACAGAUCCAGCACGAGCUUAAAAGUAAAAAGGGCAAAGUAAUAAAGUACUAGGUACUAAAGGAUUGUUACGGCGUACUUGUCAGUACAGCCAGGGUAACAUGGGUCAUUGCCAAGCAAUGCCAAGUGGCAGUCUCAGUCUUGGCAUGUGAGACUUCUGCACGAGUCUCAGUCUUGGCAUGUGAGAC